UUUUGACAAUUCACACGCUGGUCCGUAGUUGGACUCUAUAUUUUACGUUCUAUAUUUUACGUUCUCUGGUUGGACCUUCUCUAUAUUUUACGUUCUCUGGUUACAGCCUUGAAAAAACAGGUCUUUAAAAAAUAUAUCUAUUACAAUUUGAAAACUGUACAAAUUUUUGUAUAAAUUAAAAUUUCCCUACAUUUUCCAACACUUCAAAUUAAUUCACAAUAUUACUUGAAUUCUCCAUAUUAUUGUGAAUGGCACAAUGUGUAUUCUCAUUGGCAAUGCCAAACCGGUGAACUGUCAAAAAACUUAUUAACAGCGUCUCAAAAAAGCACGUAUGCUAUAUUACUGCUAAUUCGUGUGAAUUUUGUUAAAAAGUAUAAAAAUUUAUAACAACCACGUUAUUGAAUAAAUCUCAUAUUAACCUAUUAAAUAAAUAAAGUAGCUAGUAAUGAAUCGCAGACGUCCUCACGAUGGCGAUGAAGAAGGCUAUGAUCACCGUAAUCGCAAGCGUAGACGCGUUUCUGAAAAUCAGGAAAUUGAAGAUAGAUUAGAGUCGCUGAUUUUGAGGGUUGGUGAACGCAGCACAUCAUCAGUAGAAUCAAACUUAGAAGGACUAGUUUCUGUGUUGGAGGCAGAUCUGGGUACAUUUCGUUUAAAAAUAUUACGAAUUCUAUCGGAUUGUGCAGUUAAAAUGCCCGAAAAAUGUACUAUCUAUACGACUUUGGUUGGUUUAUUGAAUGCGAAAAAUUAUAAAUUUGGUGGAGAAUUUGUAGAUCAUAUGGUGAAAACAUUCAAGGAAGCUUUGAAAAUGUGCUGGUGGGAUGCAGCACGUUAUUCGUUACGUUUUCUGGCUGAUUUGGUGAACUGUCAUGUAAUAUCAGCCACUAGCCUCUUGCAACUUCUAGAUACAAUGAUCGAUGUCUCAAACGAAGACACAGUACCACAAGUUCGUCGAGACUGGUUCGUUUUUGCGGUACUCUCCACACUGCCAUGGGUUGGCCGUGAUUUAUAUGAGAAAAAGGAGUCGUCAUUAGAAUCUCUGCUGUUACGCAUUGAAGUAUAUUUAAAUAAACGUUCUAAGAAGCACCAUAAUGCUUUACGUGUAUGGUCCGUGGAUGCACCGCAUCCACAGGAAGAAUAUUUAGAUUGUCUAUGGGCGCAAAUUCGUAAAUUACGACAAGAUAAUUGGGCUGAAAAACACAUUCCACGUCCAUAUCUAGCCUUUGACUCUAUUUUAUGUGAAGCAUUACAACAUAAUUUACCACCUAUAGUGCCACCACCACAUCAUGAGUCAUAUGAAUAUCCCAUGCCGUGGGUUGUUUAUCGCAUGUUCGAUUACACUGAUUGCCCCGAUGGUCCUAAUUUACCAGGUGCACAUUCAAUCGAGCGCUUCUUAAUUGAAGAACACCUUCACCACAUAAUUGAGACACAUAGAUUAGAAAGAAAAGAUUGUGCAGCGCAACUACUGGCGUUCCCCUACAAGAACAAAAUACCUCUUGAAUAUUGCAUUGUUGAGGUUGUGUUUUCGGAAAUAUUCCACAUGCCUACACCACGAUAUCUGGAAAUUGUUUAUGGGUCCAUUCUUAUUGAGUUGUGCAAAUUGCAACCAGCAACACUGCCACAAGUGCUAGCACAAGCCACUGAAAUUUUGUUCAUGCGUAUAGACUCAAUGAAUACAUCAUGUUUUGACCGUUUUGUAAAUUGGUUUUCAUACCAUUUAAGUAAUUUUAAAUUCACUUGGUCUUGGGAGGAGUGGGAUAGUUGUUUGUUGUUAGAUCCAGAACAUCCACGUCCAAAAUUCAUACAAGAAGUUUUACAUAAAUGUUUAAGGUUAUCUUAUCAUCAACGAAUCACGGAAAUGAUGCCUGAAACAUAUGCUAAGCUCAUACCAGUUCCACCGCAACCCAACUAUAAAUAUGCUUCCGAAGAUGCGGCUUCGUUGGCCGGCACUCAAGUGGCCCAUCAGUUAGUGGUGGCCAUCCGUCAGAAAUGCACACCCGAGGAGGUAAUCAAUAUUCUGAAGGAGUUGCCGAAUUCCGGUGAAAAUGCCGAUCAGGAAAUGUCGGAGACAUCAUUUAACCCACUUAAAAUCGACGUGUUUGUGCAGACGCUACUGAAUUUGGGUGCCAAAUCGUUCUCGCACAGUUUUGCAGCAAUAUCGAAAUUCCAUUUGGUUUUUAAGGCACUCGCAGAAUCCGAAGAGGCGCAAAUUUGCAUACUUCACAAUGUUUAUGAGUUGUGGCAGAAUCACCAACAAAUGAUGGUAGUAAUAAUCGAUAAAUUGUUGAAAUUGCAAAUUGUUGAUUGCUCAGCUGUUGCUACAUGGAUAUUCUCCAAGGAGAUGACUGGCGAAUUUACCAAGAUGUAUUUGUGGGAGAUACUCCAUUUGACCAUAAAGAAAAUGAACAAGCAUGUCAUAAAAUUGACUAGUGAAUUAACGGAUGCUAAAGAGAAGUUAGCUAAAGUGGAUUCAUCGUCUAGCGAAUCAGAGGACGAAACAACGCCAAAGCGCAAAAAGCCCAUCAAUCACAUUGAUAAACCAACUGAAGAGAUGGUCGAACGUAUGGAAGAGAAAUUGGAGGCAGCCAAUGUGGAUCAAAAACGUCUUUUCUUGAUCGUUUUCCAACGUUUUAUAAUGAUAUUGUCGGAACAUUUGGUACGUUCUGACACAGACGGACGCGAUCCGGACACCGAUUGGUAUCGCUGGACCAUUGGUCGUCUACAGCAAGUAUUUCUAAUGCACCACGAACAAGUGCAAAAGUAUAGUAGUACACUUGAGACGCUGCUUUUCACAUCGGACUUGGACUCGCACAUAUUGGAAGUGUUUCAUCAGUUUGUAGCUUUAAGGGCUUAAAACAAUUACUUUUAUUUAUGACUACAUUUUUUAUGCGGUCCAUCUAUUCGCAAGCCGAAUCAUAAGUAAACGAGUGAACCCUAAAAUAAAAUAACUGUACUGGGCAAUAUUUCUUUUAAAACUAUCUAAUAUCUGCUGUCAAAUAUAAUAUAGAUUCAUUUGUGAAAAAUGUUAAACGAACUGACUAACUUUACCAACAUUUAGUUAGAAUAUAUUUGAAAUAGUAAUGGAGUUCAAUGUUUCAUUGGUGUAAACUUUUCUAAAAAUGUAAAUGCGAAGAAUUGUAAUAUUGCGUGAUAACUCUGUUAAAUUAGACCCGAAAAUAAGAAUAAAUUUACAAGAAACUAAAAGUUAGAGAAUAUAUUCAAAACAUGAUUAAAAAUAACUUACUAAAACUUCUCAUUGUUCCGACAUGUGGAAAAAACAUUGUUUCAGAAACGGUGGCUCAUAGGAUGCAUUUUUAGGGAUAAUUUUAUGAGUUAGAAGGUUUGUCUGAGGCUGAAAAUACCGAAAAACACAUUUUUGACCUUUGACCUCGAGAAUUUUUUUCCACGUUUCGAAAUGAUGAAAAGUUUUAGUAUGUUAUUUUAAAUAAUGUUUCGAAUACGUUAUCUAGCUUUUAGCUUGUAAAUAUUUGUA